GAUCCUAAAUCCAAUGCUUCUUCAACAACAAAAGUGAAGAGAGAGUUUUAGAGAGAGAAAGUAAGGGCAAUGGGGGACUCAAGUGACUCCGUUUCGGUGGAUAUGGAAACAACAUUCUCCCUCACCGGAAAGGAGCAUAUUGUAAAAACUGGCCGUGGUUCUGUCUCUGUUACUGUUUUUGGGGACCAGGACAAGCCGGCUCUUAUAACCUAUCCCGAUUUAGCUUUAAAUUAUAUGUCCUGUUUCCAAGGAUUAUUCUUUUGUCCAGAAGCAUUUUCAUUGCUGCUCCAUAACUUCUGUAUUUACCAUAUAAGUCCUCCUGGUCAUGAGUUGGGAGCUGCUGUCAUGAGUCUUGAUGAUCCAGUCUUAUCAGUCGAUGAUUUAGCAGACCAGAUUGUCGAGGUGCUUGAUUACUUCAGGCUUGGUAAAGUAAUGUGUAUGGGAGUAACAGCUGGAGCAUAUAUUCUUACCUUGUUUGCUAUAAAAUACACACAAAGGGUUAUGGGUUUGAUACUUAUUUCCCCCUUGUGCAAAGCACCCUCUUGGACAGAAUGGUUGUGUAAUAAGGUGAUGACAAAUCUGCUUUACUUUUGUGGCAUGUGUAGUUUGGUGAAGGAGUUACUGCUGUUGCGGUACUUUAGCAAGGAAGUCCGCGGCAGUGUUGAAGUUCCAGAAUCAGAUGUAGUUCAAGCAUGCCGAAGAUUGCUAGGUGAGCGACAGAGUCCAAAUGUAUUGCGGUUGCUUGAAGCUAUGAAUGAGAGACCAGACAUAACAAAAGGCUUGCGGAAACUACAAUGUCGUUCUUUAAUAUUUGUUGGAGAAAACUCUCCUUUCCACUCUGAGGCUCUCCAUAUGACUUCAAAGCUAGAUAGAAGGUUCAGCGCCCUAGUUGAGGUUCAAGCAUGUGGUUCAAUGGUGACUGAAGAGCAGCCAGAUGCAAUGUUGAUCCCACUGGAAUACUUUCUAAUGGGAUUUGGGUUUUAUCGGCCGUCUCAGUGCAAUGUCAGCCCAAGAAGCCCCUUAAGUCCAACCAGCAUCUCUCCAGAGCUUUUCUCCCCAGAAAGUAUGGGCUUAAAGUUAAAACCAAUUAAAACCAGAUUUUCUGGUGAAGUAUGAGUCAAUUCCAGGAGGAUGGACUCAAAGUUUAAAAGCAAAGCCAUACGUUUUUGUAAAAUUUGUAAGAAUACAUUGAAGAUCCAUUUUGAUUGAAGACAGUUAGGAAUGUGAAGUUAUAGGAGGGGGGUUGUAGAUAAGGGAGUCGGAAAAUAGAAGGUGGAAGAAAAACAAUAGGAAAGAAGAGGUCUAUUUUUUUUAAAUCUUUUUUACUUUCUUUGUAAUCGCAAUUGUUAGUAAGUUGAAAAGUUUUGAAUCCAUCUGUACAUCCUGCACAAUAAUAAUUUAUGUUGAAGAAAGGAAUAAGAAUAAUAAAAAGCCAGGUGCCAGCCUUUUCUUUCUCA